UGCAACAUCUGGAGGGCCACAGUUUGAAGACCACUGCUGUACGCAGUGAACUCUUCCCCGCCCGCUCCCCCUGUACACUGCUCGGCCUCCGGACAGCCCAGAAGGGGAGGAGAGCUCGGGAGGAAGAACCGACGAUAUAUACCGGACCCCCCGCCCCGGGAACAGCUCAUCCACGGACAGCACAGACAUUUGAAUGAAACUGCUCGGAGCUUCUCCUAUUAUUCGCUUUCUGAUCCCAAAACUGCAAUCGACCAUGAGCCGUACUCUCAGCACCGGGACCUUCCAGAACUCCCAGCCCCUGAAUUAUCGUGCCGGGGGCCGAGUGCAGCCUAUAGACUCUGUAGGACAGGACCAAGCCUAUGAACCAUCCACAGGACGCGUCAUUACAACUUUUCCCUGCUCUGGUGAGAAAGAAGUAAAUGAAGCCAUUCAGAGCGCCAAGGCCGCCUUUCAAAUAUGGAAGCAAAAAUCUGGUAUGGAGCGAAGCCGCGUCUUGUUAGAGGCCGCUCGGAUUAUCAGGGAGCGCAGUGAAGAACUUGCUACCAUGGAAACUAUAAACAACGGGAAAUCAAUCUUUGAAGCCAGAGUGGAUAUUGAGAUUUCUUGGCAGACUCUGGAGUAUUAUGCCGGACUUGCUGGUAGCAUGGCUGGACAACAUGUGCAGCUUCCAGGAGGAUCAUUUGCCUAUACAAGAAGGGAACCUCUUGGUGUCUGUGUAGGGAUUGGAGCCUGGAACUAUCCUUUUCAGAUUGCAUGCUGGAAAUCUGGUCCUGCACUUGCAUGUGGAAAUGCUAUGGUGUACAAGCCAUCUCCCUUCACUCCUAUCUCAGUAGUUUUACUUGCUGAGAUCUUCAGGAAGGCAGGGGCUCCUCCAGGUCUCUUCAAUGUGGUACAGGGAGGCGCUGCCACCGGGGAGUUCCUCUGUAAGCAUCCAGAUGUGGCCAAAAUCUCCUUUACUGGCAGUGUUCCUACUGGCUCAAAGAUCAUGGAAAUGGCCUCCAAAGGUAUUAAGCCUGUGACCCUGGAGCUCGGAGGGAAGUCUCCUCUUAUUAUCUUUUCAGACAGUGACCUGGAAAAUGCUGUGAACGGUGCAAUGAUGGCGAACUUCCUCACACAGGGACAGGUGUGUUGCAAUGGCACCCGUGUCUUCGUCCAGCGGGACAUAUUGCAAAAGUUUACUGAAGAAGUGGUGAAGAAGGUGAAGAAAAUAAAAAUUGGAGACCCCCUACUGGAAGACACCAGGAUGGGACCCCUCAUCAACCGCCUUCAACUGGACAAGGUCUUAGCCUUUGUUAAAGGGGCAAAAGAACAAGGUGCCAAGGUGCUGACGGGUGGUGAGCCAUAUGUCCCAGAAGAUCCUAAACUAAAAGCAGGAUUUUAUAUGACCCCCUGUGUACUUGGAGAUUGCAAGGACGACAUGACCUGUGUCAAGGAAGAAAUAUUUGGCCCCGUGAUGUCCAUCUUGGCUUUUGAUACUGAGGAAGAAGUGUUGGCAAGAGCAAAUAACACCACAUACGGUUUGGCUGGAGGCGUCUUUAGCAGGGACAUCCAGCGGGCACAUAGGGUGGUGGCUGCCCUGCAGGCCGGCAUGUGCUUCAUCAACAAUUACAACGUGAGCCCAGUGGAGCUGCCCUUUGGAGGAUACAAGAAGUCUGGUUUUGGACGUGAGAAUGGACAAGUUGCCAUUGAGUAUUAUUCCCAGCUGAAGACGGUCUGUGUGGAGAUGGGAAAUGUAGAGUCCGUGUUUUAAAUGGACAUGAAGUUAUUACAGUGCUAUCUUUUUGAUAAUGUUCCAUAUUAAAUGAAUGGCUUUUUUGUAUUUUGGCAGCACUAAAUAGCAUUGUAGACUACGCUAUUCAAUAUCUUAGAGGACCCAUCACCACUGCUGACAUGUCUGUUUUGUUUUUGGGAAAUAUAAGACAUUACUAAAACAACUUUCUGACAUCCUUACUUUAUUAUUCUUCCUAGAAAGUUAUAAAUAAACUGACAAGUGGGUGUAACCAAGGUGCAAAACUACAACUCCCAGCAUGCCCAGACAGCCUUUGGCUGUCUGGGCAUGCUGGGAGUUGUAGUUUUGCAACAGCUGGAGGCACACUGGUUGGGAAACACUGCCCUAUACACUAACCUUGUUCAAUCAGUACUGACUUGGGCAUGCUGGGAGUUGUUUUGCAACAGCUGUAGGCACACUGGUUGGGAAACAAUGUACAAGAUUAGUGUGUAAGGAAGUGUUUCCCACCCAGGGUGCCUCCAGCUGUUGCAAAACUACAACUCCCAGCAUGCCCAAAUCAGUACUGAUUGUACAAGGUUAGUGUGUAGGGCAAUCACUAUUGAUUUGGGCAUGCUGGAAGUUGUAGUUUUGCAACAGCUGGAGGCACACUGGGGAAACACUGCCCCUACACACUAACAUUGUACAAUCAGUACUGAUUGUGAAAGGACACACCCCUUUGUCAAGGGGGAACAGCAACACCCACUUACCAAAUUUCAUAAAUAUUCAGGAGGAAUAAUUAAGGAACAAAAUGAGGCAGAAUUAUGAGAAGGUGCUUCAAAACUGUUUUUUGGAAAUACUUGUAGAAAAAAUAGAAAAACAGUAGUCAGAUGUAAACUUGCUCAAAUGUAUGUCAAGAGGAAACUCCUGGCAUAUGAUUGUCUCAUAAAAAACUGUGAACAUCCUGGUUGUCCCUAGGCAGCACAAGUUUUUGUGUGCUGCCUACAGACUCGUGGAAAUUUCAGGUAAGAUACAUUUUCCACUUUCCAGUAAUACAUAUUGGGGGAGAUUGGUUGGUUGCUAUGGGCAACUGGUCAACAUUUGCCCUGCACAGGUUUUGAUCAGAUUUUUUUCUUUUAUUUUUGAAAAGGCCUCUGAAAAAUGAAGGAAGCGAUCCGAUUGGUUGCUAUGGGCAACUGGUAAACUUUUCCUCUCCACUAGUUUUGAUAAAUCUCCCCUAAUAUUAGACAUACAAGGGUAAAUGUGAACAGAGCCUUAGUGCACUGUAAUCCAUUCUCAUUUCAUACACUUCUGACACAGUUUGAGUGAAAAUAAAGAAAAUUCUACUUUAGUACGGAAAAGUGAAGUAUUCUUCUAAAACGUAGACAUUAUAUGGACAGCUAGAAUGUGGUGUGAAUGGACCCCAUACAGUAUGACAUUCUUUUUUAUUUUUUUUUUUUAUACUAGGUGAUUUAUAUUAGUACAAAUAACUAUGUAACUGGGAAACUCUUCAGGAGUAAGGCCUACUGCAUUUAAACAAAAUAUGUCAUCUAUGUAUUGCUAGAUUGUUGAGUCUGAUUGCUAGGACCCACACCAAUCCUCAGACCAGUGAGCUGUAGACACCCACUUACCUGUACGCAUAAGGUUUGGAGGACUAUGAAUGGAAUGGUCAGGUCUAUGGCACUUUUAAUCAGUGCCAUUGACUUAGUCGAGGACAUGCUUCAUUUAAACUCCGCCUAGCCAUGGUGUUGCAGCUUUAAAGGCGUACUCCGCUGCUCAGUGUUUGGAACAAACUGUUCCGAACGCUGGAGCCGGCACCGGGAGCUUGUGACGUUAUAGCCCUGCCCCUUUCAUGAUGUCAUGCCCCGCCCCCUCAAUGCAAGUCUAUGGGAGGGGGCGUGACAGCUGUCACACCCCCUCCCAUAGACUUGCAUUGAGGGGGUGGGGUGUGACAUCUGAGGGGGGGGGGGGGGCUAUGACGUCACGCGCUUCCGGCUCCAGCGUUCGGAACUGUUUGUUCCAAAUGCUGAGCAGCGGAGUACGCCAUUAAGGACCAUGAAUGGGGGUAGUUGGGAUUGUGACAUUUAUCAUCCUUCCAGUGGAGAGUGGAUUAUUUCUUGUAACCAGAAAACCCAUUUAAGAAGAUGGAGAACUAUAGUGUCCAUGUUCUGUACCUUCAUUGUUUUCAAUGAUUACACUUGUAUACAGUAUAAUAAAAAAAAACUCCUUACAGUGCUUGA